AGCAUGUGGAUUCCUGUAGUUCCACAGAACCACACCUGCAGUUAAAUGAUCUAAACGAGGAAGGAGAAUCACAGCGGACAAGAGAAAAGUUCUGGCUCUGCUUCUUACUGAGGGUUAUUUUCAGAGAAGAACCUUUAAAUGGACACAUUAUCUAAUGGUCUUGAGCCAACCCUGUCAGGACUGGUUUUGCUGCUACUGGGCAAGAAGCAAAGCGGGAAGAGUUCAGCUGGAAAUGCCAUCCUCAACAGACGAGCCUUCCAUCAGAAAACCAGCAGAAGCUGCAGGGAGAACGGCACCGUCUUUGGAUUACAGGUGACGGUGGUGGACACCCCAGGGUGGUUGUCCCCUUCCACCACUCCACACAAAGUUUCCAGGGAGAUCUGCAGAGGUCUGACCUUCUGCCACCCAGGACCUCAUGCCAUUCUGCUGGUGCUCCCCACCUGCAGCACCUUCGGUCUUGAGGAAUGGAGCGCCAUGGAGGCCCAGUUCAGACAGCUAGAAACCUCCAUCUGGCAGCACACCAUGAUCCUGUUCACCCACGGAGACCAGUUAGGGGGAUUGUCCAUCCAGGAUUACAUACGACAACAGGGUGGGAGUCUGCAGUGGCUGCUGGAGCGAUGUCAGAACAGGUACCAGGUCAUGAGCAGCCACUCCGCUGAAUCUCAGGCUCAGGUUAUGGAGCUCUUUCAGAAAAUUCAGAGGAUGGCAGAGGCUCCAAAGCAUCCCAGGGUGGUCCAGUACAGGGCACAAAUCCCGAUGAGCCGAGACGUGAGCAUGAGGGGGGAGCAGAGAUGGAACAUGAAAGAGAUGAAUGGAAGGCAGCACAUGGCCUCAAGAUGGCCACCUUCAUCCAUAGGCGUUGCAUCAGGUCGAACAGGUUGGAACCCAGAUAUUAGCCUCAUCCUACUGGGAAGGAGAAAGUCUGGGAAGAGCUCGGCAGGCAACAUGAUCCUGAACAGAGAGCAGUUUCAGAGAGGCAUAAAGACCACCAGCAGCUCUGCAGGCCACGCAGAAAUAUCAGGGAGGUCUGUGACGGUGGUGGAUACCCCCGGGUGGAGUCUGUUUGGUCUGGCCAAUCCUGAGCAGGUCAGGAAGGGGAUACUUCAGAGCCCCUCACUCUGUCCUACCGGGAGCAGGAAGACAUUCCUGCUGGUCAUUCCUGUUGAUUCAUUCAAAGAGAAAGACAGGAGAGCCAUAGAGACGAACCUCAGUGUGCUGGGGGACGAGGUCUGGAGGUGUACCAUGGUGUUGUUCACCUUUGGAGAAGAGCUGAGAGGAAGUACAGUUGAGAAGUACAUCAAGAACAAAGGAGAACCUCUGCGGUGGGUGCUGGAAAGAUGUGGUUGCCACUAUCAUGUAUGUGACACCCAAAAAAAGGACAAAGAACAAGUAAAUCAGCUCCUGGGGUUGGUGGAGAAGAUGUAGAGACUUUUAAACAUUAAACAUGUUCACCUCAUGUCACUGUUCGUCAUCUAUGUGUGUGUGCUGAUACCAUCCCCGUAAAUCUCUUUGUUUUUACAUCCUAAUUUCCAUUUCUGUAGCAUUUGGUAAACUCUGGGAACCAAACCAGUCUAGAUUUCACAAUGAGACAAUAUGUUACAUAAGCUCUGAGAGCCUGUGCUGGCACCAGGAAGGACUGGUAUAUGUCAGAAGUAGUGUACAUUGUUAUGUACAUUUUAUUUCUCCAUAUGGUUUUUCUUUCCUUCCUUUCACUAUACAGGCAUUUUUUCUUUUGUUCAUGUAUGUACUGACAUAUGGAUGCAUAACUGAAACCCAAAUUGGGAAAACUGUGGAUACCAGUAGAUGUGCUGAAAGACUCGCUCUUACUUUUCCACUUUUUCUCUACUGCUUGUAAUUACUUUUGGUCAACGUGCAAUAAAAAUCAAUUUUAGAAAAUA